GAAAAAAAAACCCUAACCAGCUCCUCAACAAAUGGAGCUCCGCCAGAAUCGAACGGGAAUCUCCAAAAGAAUUCCCCUUUCAAAUCUCACCAACGCUCAAUCCCUCUCGCCUUCUUCCUCUUCUGCCCUAACCCUCAAGCCCAAGCCCAAGCCCAAACCCUUGGAUCCAAGAUCAGCUCUCUCUUCGAGCUCCAAGCUCGCCUAUGUCUCCGACUCUAGAUCCAGCUCCAGCAUUUCAUCAGGAAGACUCAAAAACCCUAGCCACCGGAGAACGCCCAAUUCCGAUCGUCCCGCUAAAGAUAAAUCGUCUGAUUUGGAUGCAGGUGCUAUCAAUUCAGACAAAUCCAAGAGUUCUGUUGUUCAUGCAAGAAAGAAAACUGAGGGAAUUCGGGAUAAGGGAAAGGUUUCUGCUGCGUCAGGGGCAUUCAGCCAUCCCUCAGGUGAAAGGGUCAGAACUACUGGGGGUAAAUUCCAAGCUGGAAGUAAAGGUGUUUCUAUGGUCAGUACAUCUUCAAUCCCAUAUAAAAAAAGCAAGAAGAUACAGCAAAACAUAAUACUGGAUGAUGAGGUCCUUCCACAAUCCUCAAUGUCUCAAGAUUAUAUCGAGAGGCAAAGAGCAUACUUUGCUGAAAUAGAUGCAUACGAUCUUGCUGAGGAGGUUGUCUCCGAGAGCGAAUUAGAAUAGGAAGCAGAUAAGAGUCCUCUAUUUUCUGAAGAUAUGUGCAGAUUGGUUACAGGUAAAUCAUACAUUCUUAUACAUUAUACGUUAAGGAACUGGGGUUUUGGCAAGAGAUCCAGUUCCUAAAGUAAAUUUCAUUCGCUGUAGCUCUCACACAAAUUUGUGGUGGCAUUUUUCGUUGAGAACUCAAUAUUACUGUUUCCAUUUGAAUAUGGAACCUGAAUGUAACAAAGACCUGAACAUUUUCUCCUCUGCAAGAAAAAUGUAAAUUUCUCAC